UCGAAGAUAUUUUCGACCUUUUCGGUUUCGGCGAUAUGUUCGGCGGACAGCGCGGCGGUCGCGGACGUUCAAACGUUCAGCGCGGCGCGGAUUUGCGUUACGAUCUGGAGAUUGCGUUGGAAGACGCGGCGGCAGGCAAAGAUGAAAAACUCCGUAUUCCGCGCCUCGAAACCUGCGCUGAGUGCGACGGCAAAGGCGCGGAAAAAGGAACUUCCGCCGAAAACUGCAUCACCUGUCAGGGAAGCGGGCAAACACGCUUUCAGCAAGGCUUUUUCAGCGUUAUGCGGACUUGUCCGAAUUGCGCGGGAAAAGGUCAGAUCAUCAAAAAUCCGUGUAAAAAAUGCCGCGGCGCAGGUCGAGUCGAGAAAGAAAAAACUCUCGACAUCAAAAUUCCCGCCGGAGUUGAAACAGGUUCGCGUCUGCGCGUGACGGGCGAAGGCGAAUCGGGCGUAAACGGCGGACCGUCAGGCGAUCUGUUCGUCGUUAUUCACGUUGCCGAACACGAUACUUUCGAGCGUCAGGGUGCAAAUCUUUAUUCGGCGGUUCCGGUCACGUUUUCGCAAGCCGCGCUCGGCGCGGAAAUUUCCGUGAAAACGCUCGACGGCGAAGAACCUUUGAAAAUUCCCGCCGGAACGCAGACCGGAACGGUUUUCCGAAUUAAGAGUCAGGGAAUGCCCGUUCUAGGCGGACGCGGAAAAGGCGAUCUGUUCGUUGCCGCGACCGUCAUUACACCGAAAACUCUGACCAAAGAACAGCGCAAAUUGCUCGAACAGCUUGCCGAGAUCGAAGAUGUCGAA